CUCGCGAUUCGACAGGAUCGAAGAACACGCGCGCGUAUCUUUCCAACAUUCGUCUUCGAGCUGUCAAACUUUCGGAAACCAACGAUCCUUUGUUCGAUUCUAUACCUUUUCACGUUCGUGCGGCGAAUCUUCGUCGAGGAAGAGGUCGAACCGUUCUCAGAAUUUUUCAAAUUUUGUCCCGUCAAAGUGAUGGAUUCGGCGAAAGUCUGCCUGUUCGAAGUUGCUACACACAGGAAGAUUGGAUUUUGAUAUUUUUACCCUGGUCUCGCACGAGCAAGUGUAGAGAGUAAGAUAUCAAAUUUUGAACAGUAAAAAUAAAAGAUAAGAGUUUGCGAUACAAAAUUCGACCGCCUCCCUUCCUACGAUCGCUAAUCGCUCCAGAAAAAUCAUGUGCCAUCGCUACUCGGAGAGUCACGAAUAGUUGUAUACCAGCCCGCUGGAAGCUUCGCCUUUGGUACUCAAGUUUUUCACCGUGGCUCGACAAAUUUUCAAAAAGAAUCACCGAUGGUUCGUUUGUUUGGAUAGACGAUAGACGCGCGAAGAAGAUACGCAAAAUCGAUGAAAGGGACGAAUCUAACGGUGAUCGUCGGUCAGUGGAGAAACAAUCAAACGAUAAGGUGAUAAGCAGGCUUGAUUGCAAGGUGGAAAGUAGGUUGAAGAGGAAAUCCUACGAGGGAUAUCGCGAGCAAGGGAAACGGCGAUCACGGUCUAAAUGAGUACGACCGACAAAUAUGCGCGUGUAGCACCUUGCUGAUAGAGAAACCUGCCUCGUACGGUUUUGUUCCUUCCAAUCGCUUACCUCGACGAAACUGUUGUGCGUUACAUAAAGAGGGAUUUUACCGACCAGUUAACGAAGCUGCUUGUGCGCGCAUAUAGGGAACGUCUGUCGGCUACUUUACAAGACGACCCUACAAAGAUAGAAGCGUGCGAUGCCUGAGCGAAAAUCGCAGAGGAUCGUUGAGAUUAAAGAUGGAGAAUAGCAUCUCGUAAACGAUCGUGAAAGCGUAAUUCGAGCUAUUAACUAACGGUAAAGAGGAGAGAUAUAGCGAGAAAUAAGUUGGAGCAAGGAAGAAUCGAUCCCGAUCGCGAAGAGAAAAGCAAACGAUUCCUGUUAACGAUGUUUUAAGAAGAGAUCGCGUACAUCCCCGGGAACAAUGUUCGGAGAAGUGACGUGAAACGAUACUUUCAAAACGUAACAAAUCGUAGAUUAACCGAAACAACGUUUCUACGGUAUAGUGGCGAUAAUCAGAGCACGAAUUAUCCAAUUACCCGAAUUACCGUGAAUCUUAAUAGCGAGACUAUUAACAGUAAACUAACUCUAGAAACGGUACUUAUCGCUUUCGUGAUCUCUUCGACGUUUAUAUUACAUCGUGCUUAAUAUCGAGAAACUUUGACGAAGAAUAACUUCCCGAAGCCUGAUCGGUAUAGCGUUAGAAAAAAUUAGCGUUAGAAAAGCAAAGUUGGAGCAAGUUUCGAGAAAAUUGUGAAAUUUCUAUGAUUAUCGUGAAAUUUGAUCGCGCAAUAGCUCAAAAUGAAGUUCUUAGGGUCAUUGUUGGGGAUCAGUUCGCCAAAGAAGAUGGGGAAAGAAUACAUGAAAGUAGGAAGAAACGCUCUAUUCGGACAAAGAACGAGUCAACACGAUGGCCUGUGCACGGACAAGGUUCCACGACCUUUGUCCUUCCUCAUUUCGAAGAACGGGAAACUCAAGCACGGUAGAUUGUCAGCGAUUUUCAUAGGAAUUUUAACGCUUGUGAUCGGUAUCAUAUUGAGCAGCAUUCCUUGGGUGGAUUAUAUCAUAUUAAAGCAACUGCGAUUAUGGAAUGGUUCUCUUUCGUUUCAAUACUGGCAGAAGCCGGGGGUAGUUAGACUGACAAAAGUAUACAUAUUCAACGUAACUAACGCAGAAAACUUUUUGCAAUAUAACGAGAAGCCAAAAUUGCAAGAAAUUGGUCCAUUCGUAUAUAAAGAAGAUAUGGAAAAGGUAAAUAUCGUUUUCCAUAAUAAUGGUACUGUAAGUUAUCAACACAAGAAGAUAUUAAACUUUGUACCAGAGAUGUCGAAAGACAAGAACCUUAAAGUAAUAGUACCAAACAUUCCGUUAUUAACGUUGUCGACACAAAGCAAAGGACUACCUCGAAUUAUUAAUUUAGGAUUACACAUGUUUUUGGGAGGAAUGCAGAUGACACCGUUUGUUCCGAUAACUGCUCAACAACUUGUUUUUGGAUACGAUGAUCCGCUAGUUAGCAUCGCGCAUCAAUUUUUUCCGAAAGCAAGACGUCCCAUGAGUCAAAUGGGGCUUCUUCUUGGGAGGAAUGGCACGUUAGAAGAAGUGUCCACUAUUUUUACGGGGCAUACAGAUAUGAAAGAGUUUGGAUUGAUAAAUCGUUUAAAUGGAUUAGAUCGUUUGCCAUAUUGGCCAAACUCACCUUGCAAUUCCAUUCGAGCUUCGGAAGGAUCGUUUUUUCCACCCCGUGAUAAAACUGGUUCAGAUAUCGUACAUAUUUGGGAUAAAGAUAUUUGUCGCACUUUACCUUUGAAAUAUCGUGGUCCAGUUAAAAAAUCAGGAAUCAAAGCAGAUUUAUAUACACCGCCUGAUUCUGUGUUUGGACGUCCCAAUGAAACCAGCCCAGAAAAUGAAUGCUUCUGUUCAGAUGACAUGUCCACCUGUCCUUUUAAUGGAUUGCAAAAUAUCAGUCCUUGUCAGUACACUGCACCUGUUUACCUUUCCUUUCCGCAUUUCUACAAAGCCGAUCCCAAGUUAUUAGACGCAGUACACGGAUUAAAACCAAAUCGGGACACGCAUGAAACCUACUUUAAAAUUCAACCGAAACUUGGCGUGCCGUUGGAAGGAAAAGUGCGCGUUCAGUUAAACCUAAAGGUGGAAAACCAACCAUACAUCGGUGUGGUGUCGAAUUUUCCCGACAUAGUAUUUCCUAUUAUGUGGGUCGAAGAGGGUAUCGAAGAACUGACACCUUCUAUCCGCAGAUGGGUUUAUUUAGCAACAACAUUUAGCGACGUUGCUGCCCCUUGUACCUCGUAUGGAUUAAUUCUAGUCGGUAUAACAAUCAUAUUCGCGGUUUUCGUGAAGGCUUACAACAACGUGAUGUUUACGCACGAAGCGAUCGAACUGGGUAAACGGACCAUAAGAAGAGGUUCCACGUUGUUGGUAAAUGGACAGCACAAGUUAUUAAUUACACGAGAACAAUACGUUUUGCUCAGUAACGAUAACGACGAAAAGUCGGCAAGAAUAGAAUAAAUGUCUAGCUGUAAUAGUAAUACGAUUGUAUUUUUAACGAUUAAACGAAUAGUAUUGGAUUUACAUUCGGGUGAGUAAUAGCGAAGAGCGACAGCGAGUAAUUGCGUAAAUCGCCUCGUAGCAUAAGAUUUGUAAUCGUUUGAUACUAUAGACCAAAGUUUUCGUUCCAAUUACCUGAAGAAUAGUUGGUGUAUAUCGAUUGCAAUAGCAUGGGUUUGGCAAACAUUCAACGAUCACCUAUAUAUCCCUUUUUAAUCUUUCUCUUUUCUUCGACCGUAUCUGUGAUUUCAUCUUUUUAUUUAUAUCGUCGAUGUACGAAACAGAUCGUGCUUGGACGAACAGAAACGGGUAACAAAGCGGUCAAAGAACAACGUUCGAGAAGUUUAGUGGCUAUAAAAAGUAUUUGCUUCUUAUUCCAAUAAAGCAUUUUUCUUUUUAUCAGAUUCUACAUCUCAUUCUCAUGAUACGUAUCAAACUUUUAUCCUCGUAUAAAAGUACUACCAAAUAAUACGAAAUAUAAGAUAUUUGGUUUGUAAGAGUAGGUCUCGGUGUGAUGCA